UUGGUUAAUAAACCACACGGAAUUCAACAUGGCUUGUGUUGCUUCUUGGCCGUAAAUUCGUAGCAAUCAAUAUCUGAAUUUAAUUAAUCCAUUUAUCUGUAUGUGUUUCGUCUUUUGCUUUCAAUUUGUUCACUGUUAUGUUCUUCAUUAAAAUUUAUCAGCAAACAAAGCAAAUAAACAAAGGAUGAAGUUAUUUUCGUGGGGGUCAAACAGCCAUGGGCAACUGGCUCAAGGGCAGUCAGAUGAUCUCAGUGUCCCUACUGAAAUUGUACAAAACACUUGUUUAUUUGAAGACAUUUUAUCUAUUACUGGAGGUGGUGGACAUUCUUUACUAGUCACCAAGAAUGGAAUUGUAUAUUCUUCUGGUGCCAUUGGUAAGGAAGAAAGUUGUCAAGAUGACAAAAUGCCUAAUACAUUCCUUAAAGUCAGUGGCCUUUCAUCUUAUAAAAUAACACAAGUUACAGCUGGCUGGGACUUCUCUAUAGCACUUACAAAUGAAGGUCGUGUAUUCACAUGGGGAUCUAACACCUUUGGUCAGCUUGGAGUCACAGGUACUCUUAAGUCACUUCUCCCAGUUGAAAUAUCCAUCAAAGCAGAAGACAGUGAUAGUGAGAGAGACAGAUCAUGUAUGGUUACCCACGUUGUGGCAGGGAUGAGGCACAGCAUGGCUUUGACAAUUUCAGGUGAUGUGUUUGUUUGGGGUGCUGGAAGAAGAGGUCAACUGGGACUUAAAAACUCUGAGAAACUACCAACCAAACAAGAGAAGCCGAAAAAAUUGAAUAGCAUCUCUGGUGUACAGUCUUUGGUUGCUGGAGCUUUUCACAGUGGAGCUUUAUUAAAAGAUGGCAGUAUUUGUGUUUGGGGCUGUAAUAAAUAUGGCCAAAGUACAAACAUGGAAGUGAAAUGUUAACGGAACCUUAUAAAAUUUCUUCCUGCCAAUUCCCACUAAGUGAAAACGAUAUUAUCCGAGAAUUACAUAGUGGUUGGUCUCAUUUCCUAGUUUUGACAGAAAAACACCAAGUAAUUAGUUGGGGCCGUUGUGACUAUGGGCAAUUAGGUAGGCCUACAGAUCUUACAUACAAAAACUGUGAUCCAAAACCUUGCAUUGUGGAAGAUCUAGGCUUAAAAGUUAAACAGUUAUGCUGUGGGGCAGAACACAACUUAGCACUUUUAGGAUGUGGCUCGUUAGUUUGUUGGGGAUGGAACGAACAUGGCAUGUGUGGAAAUGGAAAUGAAAUCAAUCAACUUAGACCCACCAAAGUACAACUUCCUGAAAAACCUUCCAUCCUUUUGACUGGAGCUGGUACUGGACACUCUUUUGCUCUUUGUUCAAAUUAACAUUUCAGUCAAUAUUUACAAAUUUCCAAAAAUGUUAAAGAGUAGUAUGAAAAACUUUUGUACAUGGAGAAAGAAACUGAGUUAAAAGAAAGACAAAGUAAUAAAUAGGUAUAAAGCCAAUUUAUUACACGAUAAAGUUGAUAUAUUUUUUUAAAACAAUGCUGGCAACAAGGCUGACUGAUAGUAAAAUAUAUAAGCAAUAAAGCAACUUUUCAUUUCCAGGCUUUUUGAUGCUAAGGGAAAAAUUCACAAUCCUUUUGUAGUUGACAAUAGACAGAAUUAUCUUGACAGUAACUUCUUAUAAGCAAAGUCUUGAAUAACAAGAGUUUUCCAUCAUAGCCAACCAUUCGCUGCUUGGUCCAUUUCAUCUGCUUCAAUAAAAGGCUUGUCGAUUAAUCUAUAAGAAAUGAAAUUCAUGCAAUAUUAGUCGCACAGUUUAAUUAAAAAAGGCUAUUAUUAGUGCAUCUAGACAGCAAAUAGUAUAUAAUUAAUGAGAAAUAUAAACAAAAAAAGUUAACUAAAGAAACCAAUAAGUUGAAAAACAGUACAAAUCUGCAAAUGAUGCCAUCUCAUUUGAAUGGCAAAAUAGGUUUAUAUUUCUAAACACAGCUAUUUAAAGUCAUAUUUGAAGCCAAAAUACUGUACACCUCUUAAAAUAUAUGCCUUGCUUUCAAGAAAGAACUAGCAAAAAACUUAUUUACCAUAUCAUAAAGUAGGAAACAGUGCAGGCAGCCUGUUUAGGCAAAAAGUAAAUCAGAAUAAAAUCCCUGAUACAAAACAGAGAGGACUCUUUAAUCUUGCCACACCUAUCCUCUUUAGUUCCAGUGGUUUGACAAAAUUAACCACUCUAUGCUGUAAAUUGGUUGGCAAGGGGAAGGGCUUUCAGCUUGACAAAAUUAUGUCAACAAGAUGACAUACACAACAAAGAAGGUUAGUUUCUUCUGUUGUUGUAACAGAUGAAAGUGAAUAGCAACACUUUGGAAUGUGUCUAUGAAACCUUACUAUUUAAAACUAAUUUUUUUUUUAAAGUUUCAGCUCAGAGCUGCGGCCAUGCUGAUGCACCGCCGUUUUGCGCUACACUGUUAUUACUAGGAGCCUCCUCUAAUAUGUGGUACUUGAUGAAGAAUGGAGUUUGAUAUAGCUACCCUCAUUUGCACCUCUUGCCAUGCUAAAAUUUAAAGUAUAACUAAAAUUUCAUUAUAUUUCAGAAGUGUACUAGUCAGGCAAGUGAUCUGACCUGAGACCAUGUGUUGAAUCUAAAAUGAUAGCAGUGUAGAAGAUGCAUGUUAGCCAUUAAAAAAAACACAAAUAUGUUUAACUCCAUUUAAACAUCUAUUAUCAAAAUUUUUGUUGUGUGGACUGCAUCUUAGUCACUGAGAUAGGUUUUAACCAUGUUGGUGAUCAAGUUGCAGUUCAUAUUGUUUGAUGAAAAUUUUGACAUCAAAUAAUAAAUGUUUAAGUUCAGUUUUUUGUGUUUUUGAAUGGCUAAUGUGUGAUCUUUCCACAUUGCAAUCGUUUAAAUUAAAUACAGCAAUACAAGAUUUCAUUGCUGUAUUUAAAUUGGAAAAAAAAAAAA